GUCAGGAGUCGACUACAAAUAUUUAACAUACUAGCGUUGCCAGUGUCAAGACCUAUGAUACCCUUCCUAUAAAGCUGUUCAGCGUAUCUACGAUUGAGGUCGUUGGCGGUAAAACUUGAACACAUCCACAAACAUCCUUCAGCAUGUUCAGCUAUUCCAGUGAGCAAUUCUACAAGGAUUGGCGAUACAAGGUUGCUGAGGAUUUCAUGACCGAUGAUAGGGAAUUCUAUCCGUAUGUUGAGAGAGGACAUGUGGAAUGGGGUGCUGAGGACCAUAAAAUCACAUUGCCAGCUACAGCUAGCAAGGUCGCCAUAAAUACCGAUGGCUCAAUGCUCGCUGUUGCCGUUGAACAUGAUAUUCACAUCUUCACCACCGAGGAUUUCCAAUUGACACAGGUCUUGAAGGGUCACAUAUCUAGAAUCGAUGCACUCGCCUUUCAACCGAACAACCCAAACAUUCUUGUGUCAGCUGCGACGAACGAUCAUGCAGGUUCGGUCAGAGCUGACUGCGAAAUCAUCUUUUGGAACCUACAGGUGCGAAAAGCUCAGAAGGACAUUGCCCAAAUCUCAGAUAUUUCCAAAGAAGCCAGUAGCGGUAUCGCCGCAGCCAUUGCGAAAGGAGGUGGCUCGGUCGAGUUGACAGAUACCGAAAUCUCAAAGCUGUCGACGGAUAUUGAGCAAUUGGUCACCACACUUGUUACAAGGCAUUUGGUUUCAGAUCAUGCUCGAAUUGCAGGACGCCUGCUCAACCAUUUUGAUACUCACCUCUUUGACCCAUCGGGGACACGGCUGAUGUACCUUCCAGGAAACCGCCCUCGAUCCAAUGCUGAUGCUCCUUGGGAUAUGAGCGUAUUGUCGAUGCAGACCCAUGAGGAUCUUUUCACGUUGGUAGGACAUAGUGACGCAAUCAUGUGGUCCGGAUUCAGUCCUGAUGAAACCAUGAUUGGAACUUGUUGUUGGGACUCGACCAUGAGAAUAUGGGAUGCCCAAGACGGUAGCCUCAAGUUCAAAUUUGAGACUGGCAAGCAAAAUUGGAACGGUUCAUUUUCCCCCAACUCGAAGUUUUUCGCUGGAACUGCUGGUGACGGGACUGUUUACCUUUAUUCAACCAGUGACGGCUCGACUCUGUGGUCCCGACAAUCCGAGAUUGAUUGGUGCCGACAUUCGUCGUGGACGCCUGAUAGUCGCUUUCUGGCGAUUGGUGGUCGCAGAAUGGGAACAGUCCUGGUGAUUGAUGCAAAUGACAAUACGGUGGUCCACCGCCGGGCUUUAAGCAUUGACGCGUGUAAGGUGGACGAGGAGCGCAAGAAGAGACUCUUGAGAAGCUACCUCGAAGUUUAUGGGGUGCGUUACAUGGAUGCGGGCAACAAGCUCGCCGUGUACACUGGUGGUGAUGGGGGAGUUGAAGUGUAUGAUCUCCAGAGACAGCAAAAGUGGCGAUUUGCGAGGUUUGGAACCGACGAGGACCUUCAUCCUGGUGACGAGGGGAUGGAGCCGCAAGGCUCACCCGGGUUUGACAUGGUCAUCUGGAACGAUUUCAAGAAUGGGGAGAUCAAGUUGACGAGCUUGGACCGCAAUAAUGUUAGGAUCUGGAGCGUGCCCCUGGAAUAUGAGUCGAACUAGAAUGUUGCCAUCCGAGUAUCCAUAGUCUGAAACGAUAAUGAAUGCAAUUUACAC